AGAGGGAGGGGUUUGGACUCUGUUAUGUCCCACAUGAGACUUUACAUCUGUUGUUUACACCAAAUCCCUCAUACAUGAGUUCUACUUUCUUUGGAAAUAGAGGAGAAGCAGCACACCCCACAGAUCCCUUCAACUUGUACAAUUUUCAGUUCUGCACAGAGAAAAUGAGGCUGCUUCUCUUAAUCUGCACCCUCUGCCUGAUGUUGCCAGUUGGCUACAGUCAAUGUGAAUGUCCCCGUGGUCCUCCUGGAAGCUCAGGGCCACCUGGUUUCCCCGGACCUGAAGGUAAACCAGGUGCCACUGGGUUUCCAGGGAUACCUGGUAUACCCGGACCUCCAGGUAGAGUAGGGGCCCCAGGACCACUUGGACCUCCAGGGAGAGAUGGACAACCUGGACCUAUGUGUACACAAGAUGCCACUGGUUUAAGUUGUGUGGACCUCAACGCUUUAAAGGACAGACUUGUUAAGUUAGAGCUGGCUAUAAACUAUGCCUUUGUGCGAAAAGUUGGUCAGAAGUACUUUGUGUCCAACAAGGAGAGAGACUCUUUCUCCAGUGCCGUCGAGUUCUGCUCCCAACAAGGCUUACAGCUGGCUUUGCCACAGAAUGAGGAGGAGAACAAUGUACUGACUGAAGUGUUUGGAGAUGUUUACAAAACAGCCUGGAUCGACGUCAACAAUAAAAAAGCGGAGGGAAAUUUUGAGGUUGAUCAGAAAAAACGACCUCUGACCUUUACCAAAUGGGGAGAAGGGCAGCCAGACACAUCCAUCCAGGGUACAGGCUGCACCAUGCUGUCAGAAAAUGGUGUCUGGCGAGUAACACAUGAAUGUUUCUUGAAUGCGUUCAUCAUUUGUCAGUUAUAGAGAGGUUUUGUAUCCCACCCAAGUCCCUCUAUACUACAAGUAGUAUCUAUACUAUGAGUAGAUGCAUUCUCUCAUACUAAUGUCCAGUAAAUUAAAUAAAUACUGACCAUAAACUUAUCCACAUUUUCACUUUGAUAUCAUAGACACCGUUGCAAGAUCCACAUUUUGGAGGCACUGCCCUUUGAAAUAUUUGCUCUUACACGUAAUACUUUUUUUGUUUUACACUGCUAUCCUUGUAAUAUAUCUUAAUCUUUUCUAAAAUAAGUAUAAUUCCAUGAGCAGCAUAGGGUUAUGUAAAGCCUGUUAUCACUUUUGUUUUGAAAGCAAUGGCAGAAUAAAGCAUACAUCAAUGA